AUGGACGCACCCGAGCUACGGCGCAUUCUCACAGAACUGUUUGGCACAACGCCCGCACCGUCGUCCUCGGCACCACCACCCACAACCAGCUCGCCGCUGGCGCUCGCACGGGAGCUGGCCACGGUGGUCAUCGACGACGUGCUCGGCUCGGCGGCGACGGCAGGCGAUCUUCAUCUCGCUGCCUCACACUUGUUCCAUCCUUCUUCGGGCAUUCUCUCGUGGCUCAGUCGUGCGCUGCACUACACACAUCGCGAGUAUGCCAAGUCCAGGGCCGAAGUCGUCACCAUUCUUGCUCGCGUGGUGGAGGCAGCUGCCGGCGACCUGCUCAUGCACAUCCGUGACAUCAAGGACAUGGCACUCUCGCUCCUCCGCCGCGAUGUCUCCAAUGAGGUGAAAGUUGCCGUCUUUGGUCUUCUCACCGCCAUUCUCGAUGCCCGAGUGCCCGAGCUCAACUCGGACGUACUCGGCAUCGAGUCGCUGGCCGACUGCCUCAUCACCGACCUCGCUCGCUUUGCCUCGCGCGGCUCGCAGACGCUCAUGGCCAAGUACCUCGAGUUCCUCGGCAUCAUGAUCGAGCGCUUUCCAGUGGUACUCUCCCCACACGUUGACGACAUGCUCGAGACCUACCUCGACCACAUCCGGGCCAACUUUGCGGCGUCCAAGCCCAAGUUCUUUGUCCUCGCCGCCUCGGUCGACGGCCUUGCCUCGCUCCAUGCGGCCUUUCCGGACAAGCUUGACUCACGGGCCAAGGCCAAGGCGCAACUCUUCAAGCACGUCGCCUCGUACGGCGUCGUCAUUCCGCCGUCGCUCAAGCGCUUCGCCGUCCCGCGCGCCUGCCUCGCCUUCCUCGCCCGCCACGCCGCCUCGUUUGCCUCGCUCGUCCUCGGCGACGCCAUUCCGCUCUACGCCCGGCUGGUCAAGCUCACCACUCACACCAACACCGACAUCAAGAAGUACGCCUUUGCCACCCUCGACGCCCUCGUCGACAUUGUCGUCGACGACCUCGCCCACGGGCCGUCAGCUUCGGCGCUUGGCCUGGAUGGCCUCCACUACUUUAUGCAGGUCUUCCUCGGCUUGGUCGACUCGUCGCGCUCGGCCUCGGCUGCAGAACUUGCCUUUGCCAUCCGCUCGUGCGGCAAGAUGACCCGUCCUAUGCUCGCCGCCCACGGCGCACCCGAUCAGGUCGACAAGGUUCUGGCCAAGAUUUUCGAGCUCUCCGCCAAGGUCAUCGAUCCCUCGCGGAGUACCGAGUCGAUUGUCGUCCUCAUUCCCUCGUUUCUCUGGGCGUACGCCUCGGCCCUCGACGUCCUCCCCACCGUUCACGCUGUCAUGCUCGCCGAGCUCGAGCGCGUCAUCGGCGUCGGGCUCCUCGCCUUUCCGCGCCUCUGGCCGCGCCAGCGCGAGACCCUCGUCCUCGCCUUUUCCUCGCUCUUCCUCGCCCUCUAUUACAAGGGCGCAGCGCUCUCGGCUCUCCUCGACCGCGUUGUCUACCAGGGCCUGUGGAUUACGUGCUCUUCGCGCGCUGCGCUCGAUGCGCUCACAGCCCCGUCUACAGGCCUCGGGCGGCACUCUGCCUCUGCCUCUAGCAUGCGUCGCGGUGCCCCGGACCAGGGCGAGCUCUACAUCGACUACCUCGCGCUGUGGACUUCGCUUCUCGACCCCGAACUCACCUCGCCGUACGCUGCGGCUGUCCUCCGCUCGCGCAACCCGGAAAUUGUCUCGGCCACCCGCCCGCUCUUUUCCGCUCCCGCGCCCGACGUCGCUGCUCUUCAGACCGAGCUCUACGACGCCAUUCUCUCGUCGAUGGUCCGCAUGCUCCGCACCCUCGUUGUCUCGUACUCGCUCUCGAGCGGUGGCAGCGAUGGCGACGACGAUGGCGACGACGAUGAAGGCUCGCCAACCUCGCUCUCGCUCGUCGACCUCGCUCGCGGCCUCCGCCCGACCAACCUCAAAGACUACGAGAUUUUUCUCCUGCUCGUCGACUUUGCCCUCCUCUUCAUCCCCUCGGUCGCCACCGAGGCCUCGCUCCGCUGGAUGGCCGUCCUUGGCUCGGCCGUCAUCGACGCCUCGAUUGCCCACCCGACCGUCUCGGGCUACUACAAGAUCCUCGGCGCGCUGCUGGGCAACGCUGAGAAGCACCGCUACUUCUGCGGCCUCACGGUCGAGGCUGACAUCCAAGCGACAGCCGAGCCCGACUCGCGACUCCACAUCUACACCGCGGUCUACACCUUUGCCACGGAGCUUGUCAUCCGCCUCAAGCAGUUUACCGGCGACCUCCUCGCCGCUGCUCUCGAGUGCAUCCUCGCCCUCCCGCGCGAGCUUGUCGUCGUCGACCUCGUUCUCCCAGUCCUCGCUACAGCCUUUCGCAUCGGCGUUGGCUAUACGCCGCUCGCCUCGGUAGCCAUGAGCGCCCUCGAGCACUGGACUGCGGUGCUCCCUGCCCAGUUCUCGGCCGCGCUUCCCACCGUCCUCCCGCUCCUCAACGGCUUUCUCCACGUCAAGGCCGAUGAAGUCUCGGCCGCACUCACAGACAUGCAGACCGACGAGGCAUCACGCCUGACCCGGGUGACGUCGGCAUCUCGCCGCGGUCCCGCACGUGAGUCGGACAUCAUUGUCAGCGGCGCAGAGUCCGAUACCUCUGUCUCGGUCCGUGACCUCCAGCUCCGCAUCCUCACUUUUCUUGGCACCAUUGCUGGCAAGGCCCACGACAUGGUCCCUCCGCCUGCGCGCGCGCUCGCUGCUGCCGCCCGCGACGACGACGGCUCCGCCCCGGCCUUGGGUCUCGCUGCGAACACCAGCACAUCUGCCAUCAUGCGGUGGGAUGUGAGCGACCGCAUCAAGUUUGAGCUUCCCUUCCGCGACGUCCUUGUCUCGGUCUAUCUCGACGACCUUCUCCCGCGUCUUGCCGUCCUUGCCGAGCACUCGUCGCAGCGCCAGGCCAAGAUCGCCGCCGCAGAGGCGCUCCAUUCGAUUGUGCUGUACAUGAUUGGCUCGGCUCGUGCGUCGUCGGCCCACAGCCCGUCGCCGUACGCCCAGCUCUAUCGACAUGUUUUUCCGGUCCUCCUUCGACUCGCCGCCGACGUCGACACCUUUACUUGCCGGCUCUUCCACCCGUUUGUCAUCCAGCUCAUCCAUUGGUUCACCUCGUCCGCGCCCGACGCUGAAGACACACUCGCGCUCCUCGACGCCGUCGUUGACGCUGUCUCGGCCCCCUCUGCCGCCCUCCGCGAGCUCUCGGCCCACUUUCUCGCGGAGUUCUUUGCUUGGGCCAUCAAGCAGUCGUCGGCUGCUCAUGCAGUUGCAAACAAGCUCCAGGUCUCUGCUCUCCUCUCGCAAGUCUUUGCGCUAGCCCUCCACCCCGCGCCGUUCCGCCGGCUCGGCGCUGCCAACACCUACCUCGCCAUCUACCGCACCUUCCGCGAAGAGCCUAAUCUCGUCUCCAAGUACGUGCUUGCCAUGCUGUCCAACGUCCUCACCACUCUCCGCCUCUCCGCCUCGGACCCGCCUGGCCUCGGCACCGAAGCCAAGGCCAAGCGCGUUCUCAAGGCCCUCGUCCGCAUCAUCCGGAAGUACGAGUCGGCUCUUCGCGCGCCCGAUCCGAACCGGCUCGCCUCGGGCUACCCCGAUCUGGACGCUGCCCUCGACGCUAUCUUUGAGGCCUGUGCCUCGCUCCACAUGCCUGCCCGCCACGCUGCCGUCGAAACCUUUGCGUACUUUGCCUCGCGCGGUCUGGCGGCCAGCGACGUCGUCACCGCGCUCUCAGCCCCACUCGAGAGCCACUUGGCCGCCGAGCCCUCAAAGGCGGCGCGUCUCAGUUCGAGAAUUCCACUCGACCUGGCAGCCUACCACUCGGUUGCCGCACGGCUCACCGCCGCUCUUGAUGGCUGCAUCUGGGCCAUGUCUGACCGCCUCGUUCCGCCGACUACUCUUCCGUGGGUUGCAAGCGCAGAACCGAGUCCUCUCCUCGACGUCCUUCACGACUUUCUCCACCACCUUGCGUCACCACCGUUGGCCAACGCGACUUCGGCCGAGGCUCGUCAGCAAGUGAUCUCGGCUACGACGCUGCUCCUGGUCAAGGUCUUUAUUUUUGUCGACCUCGCGGUUGUCACCGCUGCGUCGCAGAGCGGCGGCGUUGCGCCACAGGCCCUGCUGGGCAAGAUUGGCCUCGGGAAUGAGCCGACCUCGUCGUCAUCGUCGCCUCCACCGUUUGUGACGCUCCUCGUCCGCGCUGCGCUGGCACCCUCGUCGCUUAGCUUUGCCAUGGGCGACCGCGAGGUUCGCUCGUGUCUACCGGAUGUGACGGCGUCAGUCCUCAGCUCGCUGGCCCGGGUGGCCCACGACGCGCUGGUGGGGCCGGUGGCUGCGCUCCUUGCGGCCACACCGGAGCUGCAGCUCUCGCAGGCAGCAUCGCCGUCAGCGAAUCCGUCUCCAGAUGCUGUCGAGGAGCUUGUUGCAGGCUACGGGCAGUUUGCGCGCGCCGGACUUGUUCAGAGCGUGCUCGGCAUGUCGCGCGAUGCCUUUGCCAACGAGCUCCUUGACGAGACCGCAACGGCUGCGGCACGUGCUGCAGCGUCUGGAACCCACACUGCAUCGCCGCGCGAGCGCGCACUGAACAUGGCCAAGCUCUCGCUGGCGCUGCAGCUCGGCGUUAGUCCCCAAGCUGUCCUCGCCAAGCUCACCGCCGACGAGCCGGUUGCCGUGUUCUCGGCAGCCGCCGAAGUCGACGCUGACAUUGCGGCCAUGGAGGUAGCGUCGGCGUCGGUCUCGCUCGGCACUGCCGCCGCCAUCGCGCUCACGCCGUCGUCUAUCGCGUCCACUGCGCAGCCAUCGGGUUCGAACGCUCCCGCGACAUCAAGCGCUGCCAAGGCUCGGAUCACUACUGCCGGUGCGCUGUUCUUUGCCGCCUACUCCGAGCCGUUGGCACAGCACAUGAUCCAAACGCCGUCGGCAUACAUCCCGCAGCUGGCGGAGGCCGCCGUCCGCGCCCCGCAUGCCUUUGACGCCCUCCUCGCCAUUGUCAAGACACUGCUCAAGGCCAAGCCGAGUGACGCUCCCGCAGUUCAUGGCGCCGCGUUUACCUCGCAGCUGCUAGGGAGCCUCGACACACUCGCGCACUGGUGGUCGCCAGCCGAAACAACGCCGCUCUACCAACGCGAUGCCAUGCUCACACUCUUCGCGCACUUGUUCAUGCUCCCGGCGAGCGCGUUCGACAUGCGGACCGGAAAGCGCCACGCAGGCUUGGCGGGUGUGGUCGUCACUGCAAUGUCGUCACUCCUGGACCUCUCGCUCCCGCUCGCCUUCCGCAUUCGUGUUCUUGCUCUCCUCCCGCAGCUCUUGAGUCAUCUCGCCGAUGCCGACGAGAGCGUGCGGCUUCCGCUUGUGGUCAAGCUCAACGACCUGGUGAUCAACGACUUUCCGGCGUCGUCGCGCGAGCUCGAUCGGUUCUCGCCGGCAUAUACCCAGUACAUUGCGGCGCUCGACGCACUGUUGGGCACGCUGCGAACGUCGGGCUCGCUUGAGAUUCUGGAGAUUCUGCUCCCGGUCUUUCAGGAGAGCAACCACGCGCACGGGUUCGCCGUCGCGUCGACGGCGGCGGCAAUGGUCAAAACGCUUCCUCUGCCGCGGAUCCGGGCUGUGUUUGAAUUUUGCUUUGGUCUCUUCUCCGACGCCAGCCACCCCGAGUCGCUACGAAUGGCCAUUGUGCGGCUGUUCUGCGUCCCGAUCCUCGAAGGUGCGCCGACACUGCUCGUCUCGGCAGCGGCGCUACAGAUUGUGGGUCCACUCCUCAGCAUCAUUGGCAAGCCUGUGGCGGCACGUGCAGAAGCGAUGGGCGCGCCGCUCUCGCUGCUCUUCUGCGAAGCGACGUGCGCGUUCAACAUGGUGCAAGUCAUUUUCGAGCGGCUCGAGUUGGGCGUCAUCAAGCUCAGCCUCAACGAGGCGUAUCUGCGAGCAGCAUCUGGCGCUGCCGCCGUGGCUAGCGCCAAGGGCACUGAGCUCAUCAAGGCCGUUCUCAAGUCUGCGCACGCCGCCAAGUCGGAGACCUUUGACGGGCUUGACGCCGACGGCAAGGCGCUGCGGCUGACCUACCACCGAGCGGCGUUCAAUGCUAUGGUGACGGUGGUGAUGCGGACGCAAGACAAAGAGCCGGUCUACCACACGUUCCUGUUCAAGGAGAAUCCCGAAAAGGGUGUGUACAUCUGGGAGAACGUGGUCGAUCUCGAGACACGGCACGCGUUUGAAGCCCAGACCUCGUUCCGGACCGUCAAGGCCCGUGGCACGUUUGCCACCUUUACUCAACGGUUCUCCUCGCGCAAGAAAGACGUCCGAGCCUCGACGGCGGCAUACUUUCGUGACUCUUCGCUGCUCUCGCAGGAUCCGACCGGCCUCUUCUUCCUCAACCCAUCGCAGCGGCUGGUCUCGUCACUCGAGGACGACGAUGACGGCAGCGGCGGCGGUGAGAGCGGCGGCGGUGGUGGCGGCGAGAACCAGGUUGGUGCUGGCGUGGCGACGGCAUCAACGACGACCGCAGCCGGUGCGGCCGCGGCCGAGGCCGCGAGCACCGAAGCCGGAAGCGAGACAAGCGCCGAGGCUCGGUCGGUCAACAAAGUCGACGACGACGACAGUGACGUCUACGAGCUCGACGCCAUCAACUCGAAUCCCUGCAUGCCGAUCAUGCUACAGCUGCUGGAUCACCUCCGACAGCUGUUCCCGACCGCGUACACGACGGCACCGGGCAAGGAGGCACCGGCGUCGAUGGCCAAGGCUGCGAUGCCCAAGUGGAUGCGGGCGCUGUACGACAAGCUCUCGACCGGCUCGACGCCUGGCAAUGUGCGUUUGUUCAUUGUCAAGAUGAUGAUCAACAGGCCGGGCAUUUUUGAGCCGUUUGCCGGCGCGUUUGUGCGGCCGCUCCUCGAGUUUGCGCUCUCGGACUCGAAUGGCGGGCCUGGGCUGCACUACUUUGUGCGCGAUGUGCUCUCGCUGCUUCUGGAGGCGUGGCAGGUGGUGCCAUCCGAAGAUGGCGAGCUUGCGUCGCGGACGCUCUCGUUUGUGAUGCGGAACACGAUGCACGAGUCGUCGCUGGUGCUGCGGUCGAACCUUGCGCUGGUGGCGCAGAUGGUAGCCGGGUGGAAGGGCGUGCUCCGGGUCUCCAAGUCUGACGUUCUGGACCAUCUGGAGGAUGGCGCGAUUGCGAGCAGGAUGGGGAGCGACGAGGCACUCAACAAGUGUCUCACAGUCGGGCUCCAGUUGCUGGGCCUCAUCAUGGGCGCCGGCCUGCCAGCGUACUCGGCGAGCGAGGACCAGCACUUGUGCUCAUCAGAGCAGUUUUACUCCAAGGUCGUCUCGCUCAUGACCCACAAGUCGAAGCGGAUCAUGCGGCUGGCGGCCGAAGCGGCCGGCCUCAUCAUGAAGCAGGAGCAGGAGCGACCUGGAGCAGGCGCGGUCGGAUCGUCUGCCGUCGCGCGACUGGUUCAUGACACGCUCAUGACGAUGUUCCGACAGGCCGAGGCGCCCGAGCGCGCCGUGGUGGUCUUCCACGAGGUGCUCAAGAACUGCGGCGCGGCGCUAGACGCCAAGCUCUUCAAUCAGCUCUUCCACGUCCUGCUCAAACUGCCUUCGGCGUUUGUGGUUAUGGGCCUUUCGUGUGUACUCAAGCGAGCGCACGCGCUGCCGCAGCUCUUUUCGACCUUUCGGUCGUUUCUGGAGACCUUUGUGCGGCAUCGCGACCGAGCAGUCCAGCUGCAUGCGCUCAAGAUCACGUUUGAGGCCAUCAAAAAGGUAUCAGACCCAGACGAGCUCGAGUCGAGCCUGGCUACCAUCACCUCGGUCUGCGCCGCGCAUCCGUCGUCGUCGGUCCGCGAAGUUGGGUAUGACAUCUGUAUCUGGCUCUUUGACAACUGGCCGCUGCACUACCGCGAGCCGCGGAGUGCCGUGGUGCUGCACCUGCUCGCUGGCAUUGACGACCCGUCCGAGACGCUGGCGACCAAGCUGGUCGCGUUCUGGGACCACGGCUCGCGUCUGCCUGCUGAGACCUUUGCGCGACUGGAGCAGAUUCUGACGCUCGGGUAUGCGCCUCAACUGGAGGGCGUGUUCCUCAAGUUCUCGGUCCAGCUCUUGCUGCGGCUGACGACGCUCGCGCCCGGGUUCAAGAAGGCCAAGUUUGAGCCGCUCGAUGCGCGCGCGCAGUUUGUGCCGAUGGAGAUGGACACGUCGUGGGCGACGUCGUCGCUGCCUAUGGCUCCGCUGUUCCGCGGUGGCGCACACGCUGGGGCAGGAGGCGGCGGCGAAGGCGGGGACGAUGGCUUUGGCAUGCUUCAGGCGACGCUUGCGGGCGGCGCGCUGUUCUCGCUCACCCAGGCUACCGGCAUGGGCGAGUCGCUGGGCAUGGGUCCAGGCGCUGGCAAGGAGCAUGAUGCGACUGCGGCGUACGCGUCUUUUGAGCCGAUGGGCGAGGACGGGGCCGGUGGCGAUGCGCAGGCACACCAACAGUUUUCGCUCGCGUUUGAUCCGUCAGACCUCUCGAUCAACCAGUCGAACCUGUACUUUGGACCGGAGGCGAUGGCGAUUGCCGGGAGCAGCGAGAGUGGUGGACGGAGCAGUGGUACGGGCAAGUCGCGAAAGCGCAAGCGGGCGGCAGAGACGAUGGACAUCGAAGCUUCGAUGAUUAACGAACUGGAGAUGGAGCCGACCGAGGUGCAGACGAGCAGCCAGCCGCGGCUUUUCCGCAAGCGGUUCCGCAAGUCGUCGAACCGUGACGCCGGCAAGGUCAUUUCGAUUGCGCGGGCGCACAAGCGGGCGCGGUCGCGGGCGACGUUUGAGGCGCAAAAGGUGGCGAUUGCCAACUCGUCUGUCCGGGCUUACCGCAAGUACCGGGUGGGUGAGCUGCCGGACGUGGCCAUUUCGCCUGCGGACAUCAUCAAGCCACUUCAGGCUGCGGCGAUGCAAGACGACGUGGUGGCACGGUUGGUGCUUGUCGACGUUGUGGGUGCGCUGUUUGAGCACCUGGUGUCUGGCGACGACACUGGGCUGGAAGAAGAAGAUGCCGAUGCGAUGGCGGAGCGGAUGGAGCAGGCUGUGGGCCGGAUGUUUGCAGAAACCCGUGCACACGGCGGCUUUGUGGCUGCGCUCUUGGAUCUAGCGCGGGUUCUCUCCGAGGUCGAGGCCGUCGAUUUCUCUGUCAACGCUCGCGAGCUCGGCACAGCGGCGCAUGCGUCGCUCAACUACCACGCGGGCAUCCUGCUGCUGGAAGCACAGGCCCAGGCCGAGACGGCAAGCGGAAGCGAGGUGUAUGUGCAGCUGGCGCGGCUUUACAAGGCUGUGGGUGAGCGCGACGUGCUCCGUGGGUUGUACGAGGUGCAUGUGGCCGAGUGCGAGGAGACGCACCGGGCGCUUGCAGCGCAGCUUGACGGGCAUUACCAGGAUGCGAUGGAACUGUAUCACGAGGCGUUGGAGAAGCGCGAGGCCGAUGCGUCUGCGGCGGAAGCAGCAAUGUGGGAGUCUGAGCGGCUCGAGUGCUACAAGGCACUUGGAAUGUGGAAGAGCCUCGCGGACGCGGUGGCAGCGGAUGACGCGACCGAGGUCUGGCUCAAUACGGUGGAGGGCGACGAGGACGAGGUUCGGCUUGUGCUGACGUCGUACGUCAAGUUGAAUAAUCGACUGGACGCGCUUGUCAGCUUUGUCAACUCGACGCCUCCGACAUACAAGGACCGGCUUGUGACCGAAUACGCAGCCGAGAUGGCACUCGUGUCGAUUGUCUGUGACGAGAACGACGCAGCGCGUGCGUAUGUCAACCGAGCGAUGGAGCUGUUUCUGGAGCGGUGGGCAAGCCUCCACCCGCUUGCGACGGCCGGGGCGCGGCGGCUGGUGCGAAUGCUGCCCGCGCUUGUCGAGUACGACGAGUUUUUGCAGCUUGCAGGCCGCGGGGUAGGGCUGUUAGAGGUGGACGCACUGGAGACGUUGGUGACUGAAUGGGCGUCGCGGCUACCGUCGCGCUCGCACGAUGGGCCGGGCGACUGGGACGAGACGCGGACACGGCGGACGCUGCUGCUCAACAAGCUCAUCGGGCUGUUUGAUACGCCCGAGGCCUGCGAGGCUGCGACGCAUGUGGUGGCCCAGCACGAGUUGGGCAUGCUCCUUGCGGCGGCGGAGGGCACCGCGGCGAUCGGGGCUUGCGAGCUGGCGUCCAAAUACGUGCACGAGGCCAAGAUCGCGAUCGGAAAGGUGCCAGCGCUUGGAUUUGAGUUCUUCCGGGUAGUGAUGGGAGUCGGGGUGGCGGGAGUGGCGCGAUUGCCUGUGAGUGCCAAGACGGAGAGGUUUAAGUUGCUUGUGAAGCUUGGCGAGCGGGUGGAAGACCAGAAGCCGCUGGUGCAAGGGCGGCACGAGAAGCGCGUGUUGGCCAUGGUGGAUGCGCUUUGGGGCGCACGAUUUGUGGAGGAGCUCAUCUCGGCCCAGAACAAUGCGGAGCUGCCCGAGGGACUUGCGCGCAUCCUCCAGGUGCCUGCUGAGACCCUCUCGCGGCACAAGUGCAUUGCGGAUUUCGCGCGUCGGAGUGUGGAUGCAUUCUCGCGUGCGCUGGGGAUGAAUGUGACCAAGGCGAUGAGCGAGAGCGACGAAGACGAGGACGAUGGUCUGGGGCCGAUGGUUGUCGAUGAGACCGGAUCGAAGGUGCCACGGGUGGCUGCUGCGUUUUUGGCGCGGAGUGGCAUGGCGACGACGGGCCCGACGGGGCGCGUGGCGUUUGCGAUGCUCUGUAACUCGAUUGCGCGCGAGAUGGAAGAGGAGUUGGACGACCGAGCUGACGCUGGGGGCAUGGCGUGUGGCGAAGAGGGCGGUACGGAUCUGUUCCCGCGGGUGCUUGGGAUGCUGCACAGCGCCGAGGCGCGUGCGGCGUUCCGGGCCGGAUGGGAGGCUGUGCCCGAGUGGGUGGUCCUCCGAUGGGUGCCGCAGCUUGUCGCGAUGCUCUCUGAUGAGGGCAGUGUCGGUGAGGUUGUCAGCGAGGUUGUGCAGCGUGUGGCGGAAGCGUAUCCACAGGCUGUGUACUUUCCCUACACGGUGUCUGAGGCUGGCAUGUCUGCGGCGGCGAUUGCGCGAAACGGUGGGAUCAAGGCUGCGCUGGCGACGCCUGCGCGGCCGCUGCUGGAGCGAAUGGUGGCCGAGUUUGACAGGUUGACUCACCCGCACCUGCGGUGGAAGGAUUUUCUGACGGAGCUGAAGCAGCUGCUGAGGCACAAUGCGAUGGACGAGGCUGUCGCUCUGUGGCGUGAUGAGAUGGUGCCGUCGCUGUUUCAGAAGAGCGGGGCGGACGAGAUGACGCGGGCGUUUGCGAGCUAUAGCGAAGUCAGGAAGCUGGUCAGCGAGUUUGGGAGUGAUGGAUCUGGGCUGAAGGCUCUCGGACGCAAGAGGGCGAACAACGCGGUGAAUACGAUGAAUGAGAUGUUGCUGAACAGGCUGGCGCAUCAGAAGAAGAAUAGAGUUCCUUUGCAGACCAAGCUGGAGGCGUACUCACCGUGGCUAGCGAGCUUUGCGUCUGCGUACGACACGGCCGAGCGCGUGCUUGUGCCGGGUCAGUUUGAAGGGCUCCGGAGCAAGCCUGUGGAGGAGGAGAUGACGGCGGUGUCGUCGUUUGGGGCGCACUUGCUUGUGCUGCAGUCGAUCCGGCUUCCGAAGCGGAUUUCAAUUCAUGGGAGCGAUGAAGCAGACUCGCUGUGGCUGGUGAAGGGCGGCGAGGACUUGCGGCUCGACCAGCGGGUACAGCAGCUGUUUGGCGAGAUGAACCGGGUGCUUGCUGAAGAUCCGUUGGCUGCGGCGCGAUCGCUGCAUGUGGCGCGGUACGCAGUGGUGCCAUGCACGGUGCGUGUUGGGCUGAUCGAGUGGAUGAGGAAGACAAAGCCACUCAAGGACCUGAUCAGCGAAGAGAUUGCAGCGCGCGAGCGAGCUGUGACCAGCUCGGCGCGGAGGCGAGUCGGGUCGGACAAGGGCGCGCUGAGGACGGCGACGGCAGCGUUUGCCAAGUUUAUCCACGCCAGGGAGCGCAAUGGGGAUACCACAGGUCAGAUGUACGAGCGGAUGUUCAUGAGGGGCUCGGUGAAGGAUGCGGUGUCGAACUACCACGCAGCGGUCAAGUGUGUGCCGUGGGACGCGCUCCGCGCAGCAGUGCUGAAGCUUGCAGCCGGGCCGGAGGCUCUGCUCGCUGUUCGUGGCCAGUUUGUGACGUCGCUUGCGGUGUUUAACAUGUGCUCGUACGUGGUGGGCAUUGGCGACCGGCACCUGGCCAACCUGCUCCUUGACUUGUCGACGGGCGGGCUUGUGGGCAUUGACUACGGGCACGCGUUUGGAUCUGCGACACAGUACCUGCCUGUGCCGGAACUGAUGCCGUUCCGGCUCACGCCGCAGCUGGUCAACUGCAUCAAGCCGUGGGAUGUGGACGGAGUGCUCAACCACACGAUGCGGUACGCGCUCGGCGCGCUCCGCGGAGCUAAGGAGCGGCUGCUGACCGUGAUGGACGUGUUUGUCCGCGAGCCGAUUACCGAGUGGGUGCGGCUUUCAUCGCGGCUGAGCAAAGAGACAGUGGACAAGCUCAAGAAUGACUUUGGCGAGGAAUGGCGAGGCGCGGUGCGGCUGGAGGCUGUGAAGAAGAAGCUCUCGGGUGUAGUGACGUCUGACGUGAUGGUGUUUGAACUCGACGCGAGUUUGCACCACGGGAAGGCGCACUACGGCGCUCUCGUGGAUGUGGUGCGCGCCAACUGCGAGAAGCAGUAUGUGCGGAAGCGGACCGGUAUGACCGGGAAUUGUGCCGAUGUGGCUGAGCAAGUCACGAUGCUCAUCGACCACGCGACGGAUGAGAACGUACUGGGACGGGUGUGGAAGGGGUGGGAACCGUUUCUAUGAAUGUAGCUGCUACCCAGAGUCGGAGGAAGUAAAGCCGACCGAGUCGAAAAAGGCGUCAACGGAGACCGGACGGGCAAGAAAGGCGGCGAGCAUGGCGGUUGCAUCGACGGUGGCGCCGGGG